AUUCUCCCUGCCAAGCCGCCAGUCCAAGUCAUGCGCAACUCCAACUUUCUGGGCUCUUCAAGUUCUGAUUCUCAGGUCUGACAUUGAUAAGAAAGUGCCAGAGAGGCUGAGAAGAGCGCAAUUGGGUUGACUAGCAGCUAACAAAAUGCUGGCGACUGCGGCGGAGUUGCGACUACUUUGCUGGGAAUGGGAGCCUCUCGUGACGGCCAUUUCACAAAGAGCUGAGGUUUAUCUCAUCCAAAAUUUUCCCAUUCAUUGUCAGGACGUCCUUUGAGCUCACAACAACCUCAAUUGCCCAAUCUUUUGGAUCACUUAUCUCAAUCCAGCUGCAAAGGACGAGACACAGAAUGCUGGAAAGCUGGUGUGACUCCCUGAGCGUCUUCUUGCGGGAGUCCGCCCAGCAAGAAGACCCCCCUUUCAGAUGGUCCCUAGAGGGCGCCCUCUUUCCUGUCCUCCGUGCUAGCAGCGUCCUCUAUGGGGGGGUGUACCAGCUAAGAAUGUGGCUUUACAAAGUGGGGGUGUGCAAAAGGGAGUCUCUCCCUGUUCCUGUGAUAAGUGUUGGGAACAUCAGCUGGGGGGGCAACGGGAAAACUCCAAUGGUGGAGUUUAUAGCCAGGCGCAUGCUGAGCGUGGGGCUGAGACCAGUGGUCCUAGUCAGGGGAGGCCCCUACAGCGACGAGGCGUCCAUGCUGACUCAGCGGCUGCGCGACACGAGCGCUGUUAUCGGCUCCGGUCGGAACCGGUCAAAGGCUGCCCGGACGAUCUUCACAAGGCACGGGGCUGCACCGUCAGAAAGCGUGCGGAGGGCGGCGAUGAGCCUGGCAAUCGCUAAGGAGGAACUAGACUGGGAGGUGGUUGGGACCAAGGGCGGGGAGGGCGGUGUGAACGGGCCCGUGGGGGUGGUCAUAGUGGACGAUGGCAUGCAGCACCUCGCCCUCGACCGCGACCUCGAGAUCGUGAUGGUCAGCGCCGUCUCUUAUUUCGGCAAUGGCCACCUCAUCCCCUCCGGACCAUUGCGAGAGCCCCUCUCUGCGCUGCAGCGAGCCGAUGCAGUCAUCCUCCAUCAUGCGGACCUCGUUUCCGAAGACCGGCGCCUCUGUCUGACGUCCGAUCUGCACCGCCACGUACGUCCGAGCAUUCCCGUCUUUCCCGCCCACUUUGCUCCCAAGCACCUUCUACGGAUCUCCGGGCCGAAGCGAGGGCGACAAGAAAGCCUGGAUGCAGUCAGCGGGGUCGCCGUGGUUGCCCUGUCAGGGAUUGGGUGCCCUCGGUCGCUCGAACUCCUGCUUUACAAGUUAGGAGCGAAGCGCGUGGAGAGCCGGGCUUUCGGCGACCACCAUGUCUUUUUUGAAAAGGACCUUAUGUCCACUCUGACGCUACUCCGGGGGCUACAGGAUUCGCGCCAAUACUCUCGCUGCCUCGUUAUCACGACCGAAAAGGACUUCGCCCGUUGCUCGCGCGUGCUCGAGGACGUUCUCUUUGACGCCGACUGUUUUGCACUGAUCGGGAGCCUGGAGCUGGACGCUCCGUCCGAACGGCUAGACGCUCUCCUGUCCGGAGCACUUAGAAAGCGGACGGGACACGUGCGGGGCUCGGGCCCAUCGUAAGUUUCGAUGAUCAUUAGCGAGAUGUCAAGCACGUUCCACGCCCUGCGGGGUCGGUGUGAGGCAUUCGGCUGUACGUGCGAGGGUGUGGCAUGCUCAUGAAGCAAGUUAUCAGGGUUACAGCUGCAAAGCACAGGCCUAUGCACUUUUAGGACUCCUUUGAAGGGAUGAGUGCCUCAUGGCCACUGGAAAGUAAGCAGCCACUGAAAAGAGAUCCAAAGGCGCAAUGGCUUGACUCUUUCUGGUUAAGGAUCUCCAUACGAGUUACCUUUAUUACAAGCGCUCAAUCAUGAAAGACUGUACGUAGAUAUACCUAAUCCGAUCUCAGGGUUGGGCUGGCCGGAUGGGACUUGCAGAGCUAGGUAGUCUGUGGGCAAUCGACAUCACUUUAUGGUACAGAAUCGAUUCAACGUUUUUCAAUACAGCUUCUU